AUGACUGCUAUAUUAUUUACUAAAAUCAAAGAUGGUAAAUUAACUUCAAGAAGUUUUAAUGUAAAGAGACUCUCAACGUCAUUUGGUUCUGAGUUCACUGAUGUUAUUAUUGGAAAUACCCUUCCACACCAUUGUGAUUUUGUGAUGAACAACAAAAAUGAUGACAAAGGGUUUAUUUUUAAUCUUAGCAAUAGAAAUGAUGUUAUUGUAAACCAUUGUGUUGUCCCACAAUAUGCACAGUUUGAAUUACAUUCUAAUAGUAUUAUUCAAAUUGCUAACUCAUUAUUUUUUGUUUCUAUAAAUCAACCAGAUAAAAAUUCUCAAGUAUUACUUGACGAAUACUUUAAAUUUAAUGAAACACCUAUAAAACAAGAACGGAUAAUAACAGAAAAUAAAACAAACGAGAGUGAGUCACCAAAGCAAUCAUCUGUUAUAAAAAGUAUUAGUAUAGACCAAUUAAAUAAUGAAAACAAAAAAACAGAAAAUGAACAACCUUCGGUGAAACAAAAAGAGGUAAAAAAUAAACGUAAACAUAGAACAUAUUCUUACUCAGAUGAUUCAAGUGAAGAUUCUGAACAAAGUAGUAAAAGAAAAAGAAGACAUCAUAGAUCACAUUCUAGACAUUCAAAAAGAAAACAUUAUCGAAGAUCACUUAGUAAUUCAUCUGAUACAUCAGACUAUGAAGACCGUUAUAGAAGAAGAAAAGGGCAUAAACACAGAAAGCAUUCAGCAAGUUCAUAUGACAAGUCUUCUAGAGAUCUUAGUGAAGAUAAAUAA